CACGAGGAGUCGUAUUUCAGCUUUGCGAGGGCCCCUAGAGUCUCAUGCACUGAAGCUGCCUUUGUUUGACUGAGAGAGAGAGAGCGAGCGAGCAAGGGAGGAGGAGGAGGAGGAGGAGGAGGAGAAGAAGAGUGAGAGGCUUUUAGUCUGGAGUGAGUGAGAGAGAGAGGCAGAGUGGGCUCCAUCUCGCUCUCUUACCAAGGCUGUCACACAUGAACAGGACAACUUCAGUUUGGAUCUAAGUUUACCUUCACUGAAGAUGACUUCACGCAUCCCCCCCUGGUUCUUUGGAUUAUUUCUACUAGUCCUCCGGUUCUGCUGCCAUCGCUCCUCUGCCUAUCAGCUGCUGGACGACCGUGGUUCUCAGGGAGCCUUGGAUCUGACGGAGUUGAUCGGCGUUCCGCUUCCUCCCUCUGUCUCCUUUGUUACGGGUUUCGAGGGUUACCCCGCUUACAGCUUCGGCCCGGACGCCAACGUGGGCCGCCUCACAAAGUCAUUCAUCCCUGACCCAUUCUACUAUGACUUCGCCAUCACGGUCACAGCUAAACCUACCACACGGCGUGGUGGUGUGCUGUUCGCCAUUACAGAUGCUUACCAAAAGAUUGCACACUUGGGUAUAGCGUUGUCUGAGGUAGAGGAUGGUUCCCAGAGAGUCAUAUUGUACUACACCGAGCCAGGAACAAGAGGUGGGACCCAGGAAGCAGCUUCCUUCAAAAUGGGAGACCUGACGGGGAGAUGGGCGAGGUUUACCCUGACUGUACAGGGGGCAGAGGUGCGUCUCUACAUGGACUGUGAGGAAUACCACCGUGUUGCCUUCACCAGGAGCCCUCAGCCUCUGACCUUUGAGGCCAGCUCGGGGAUCUUCGUAGGGAACGCUGGGGGUACGGGCCUGGCGAGGUUUGUGGGCUCCAUCCAGCAGCUGGUACUGAAUUCAGAUCCCACGGCCCCAGAUGACCAGUGUGAGGAGGACGAUCCGUAUGCCUCUGGAUAUGGAAGUGGCGAUGACGCUUAUGAAGACAUUGAAGGGAGAGACGAAGUGAAGAAGAUUGUGGAGGAGAGAGAGUUUACAAUGCCCCUCCCAGAGCUGGACCCAACUUACAGCACCCCAGUCCGAGCUCCGCCCACUGAGAUGUCAGUAGGUGAUGAUGAAGACAUAGAGGAGACUUCUGGACAGGAAGUGGAGACGACUACAGUAAGAGUGACAUCAUUUGCGACAGAAACUCCAGCCUCCCUACUGGAAACUUCCCUGCAGGUGUCUCCGGGACAGAAAGGGGAGCGAGGUGACCCAGGUCCAGCCGGUCCCCCAGGACCGCCCGGCCCUCCAGGACAAGCUUCAGGACAAGGGGAGGGAGGGGAGCCAGGACCCCGGGGACCACAAGGACCACAGGGACAUCCAGGCACACCUGGAAUUCCUGGGAAAGAUGGACAGCCUGGAAGCAAAGGUGAAACUGGUGUCCCGGGAGUAACUGGGGUUCCAGGAUUCCCAGGACUACAGGGAGAGCCUGGUCUUCCGGGAGAAAAGGGUGAUCCUGGUGUCGGACUACCAGGUCCCCCAGGUCCUCCUGGACUUCCAGGUCGACCCAGCAAGUCCAUGUUCCUGGAGGGGUCAGGAUUUGAUGACUUUGACAGUGAUUCAGAGAUUAUUCGGGGGCCCCCAGGGCCUCCUGGCCCCCCAGGACAGCCAGGCCCCCCAGGAACGCCAUCUGAGGACGUCAUUCCUGGGCAACCUGGAGCCCCUGGGAAAGAUGGAAAGGAUGGAGAGAAGGGUGAACCUGGAUUGCCUGGUGUUGAUGGAAAAGAUGGAGAUCCAGGGCCUGUUGGGGACAAAGGAGACAAGGGAGAGCCUGGUGUGAGCGGGCAACCAGGACCAAAGGGAGAUCAGGGCCCUCCCGGGUUUCCAGGCCUACCGGGCUCAGAGGGUACACAAGGGCAGCCUGGUCCCAGGGGUCCACCGGGUCCCCCUGGUCCCCCUGGAAGAGGCUUCACUUUGGAGUUGGAGGACUUGGAAGGAUCUGGGACACAAAAUGGUUUUGGAGUUGCUCUGUCCAGAGGCCCUCAGGGUCCUCCUGGAAUCCCUGGACUUGAAGGACCCAAGGGUAAAGAUGGUUUAGACGGCUCCCCAGGAAAGCCAGGGCAAAAGGGGGAGCCAGGUGCAACAGGACCACCAGGGUUUCCAGGACUGGAUGGACUAAAAGGGGAAGAGGGACCAAUGGGUCACAAAGGUGAUCCAGGACAAAAGGGAGAGGCAGGACGGGACGGGCUCAGUCUGCCCGGCCCUCCAGGACCACCUGGACCACCAGGACCCAUUAUCAACCUUCAGGAUCUUCUACUAAACGAUACAGAUGGUGCCUUCAACUUCUCAGGGAUUUUUGAUGCUCAGGGACCUGCUGGACCUCAGGGUCCAAAGGGUGACUUUGGGUUGCCAGGCCCUCCAGGACUGAAAGGUGAAAAGGGUGAGCCAGGCAUUGUCAUCACAGCAGAUGGAUCCACGAUGUCAGGCCUGGCUGGUCCAAUGGGACCCAAAGGAGUCAAGGGAGACAGUGGUGUACCUGGACCCGCUGGAAUUCAAGGGCCUAUAGGACCACCAGGACCCAAAGGAGAAUUUGGUUUUCCUGGAAGACCUGGUCGUCCAGGCCAGAUGGGACCAAAGGGAGAAAAAGGGGACUCCGUAGGCGUGCAGGGACCUCCUGGCCGUCCUGGGCUGCCAGGCCGUCCUGGAAUAUUCAAUUGCCCCAAAGGCACGGUGUUCCCUAUCCCUCCCAGACCCCACUGUAAAAUGGGUAACUGUCUGAGGAUGGUUCUGAAAUACUCCUGCAUGCUGCAUGUCCAGGCUGGGAAGGUGAAAGCUCAUUGCCAAAACAAUAAGGAGCUUAAUCCCAAUGGAACCAUUGUAGUUGGUAACUGUCAGACAGGACUAAAAGGAGAAAAGGGAGAGAGAGGCUUUCCGGCGCCAACAAACUCGUUUCUUCCCAGGGCAGUCUGGGGGGCAGUUGGUGACCAGGGUAUGAAAGGAGAGAAGGGAGACAAGGGGGAGGCAGGGUUGACCGGGCAGCCAGGUAUCCCGGGCAGACCAGGACUUGUGGGACCUAAAGGAGAGUCAGUUCUUGGUCCGCAGGGCCACCCUGGGGUGCCAGGUUCUCCAGGUAUCCCAGGCUAUGGCAGACCAGGACCAGUCGGUCUUCCUGGGCCACCGGGACCUCCAGGUCCUGCUUGGUCAUCCUCAAGAUAUGGCUCAGCUUUGACCAUUGCUGGCCCCCCUGGACCUCCUGGACCAGCUGGACCUCCUGGACCUUCUGGUAACACGGCAUUUCUGAAAACAUUUUCGACCCGUGAAAGUAUGAUGCAGCAAACCCUCAGGGAUGCAGAGGGAACUCUGGCUUAUGUCACAGCAACAGGAAGUCUCUACCUCAAGGUUUCCCAGGGUUGGAAAGAGAUACAGCUUGGCAGUCUGAUCUACCUCUCAAAUAACAUUAUUCCACAGGAUGAGCCUCGAGUUGCGUAUCAAAUAAGAGGACACACGAUGGAGAGAAUACGUUCAGUUAAAGAAAGGCUCAACCUGGUGGCCUUGAACCAGCCCCACUCAGGCGACAUGAUGGGGCUUGACACGGCUGACCGGAUGUGUUACGAGCAAGCCAAGGCGAUGGGUUUGGCUCCAAACUACCGCGCCUUUAUUUCUUCCCACAGGCAAGACUUGGUCCAUGUGGUCUAUCCUGGUUUCCGGGACACUCUGCCAGUUACCAACCUUAGGGGAGACGUGCUGUUUAGGAACUGGCGGUCAAUUUUCAAUGCUGACAGGGGGCCAAUUGAUGCCAGGAUACCCAUCUACUCCUUUGACGGCCGGGAUGUUUUAGCUGACCCCUUCUGGCCUCAGAAGAACAUCUGGCACGGGUCCAACAGCAGGGGUCUCCGAGUGGUGGACAAACACUGUGAGACAUGGCGAACGGACCACAUGUCUGUCGUGGGCCAGUCAUCGAGCCUGACCUCAGGUCUGCUUCUGGGCCAGCAGACGCGAAGCUGUUCCAACGAGUACAUUGUUCUUUGCAUCGAGACCCACAAAAACCUUUAAAUCCCCCUCCAUACCACUCUACCAAGGAAACCAACCAUCCCAGCCGCCGUAAAUGUUUAACACUCGAGGAAAAGAUUUGAGUGUCUGUCUUAGAAAAGGGCGUCGUUUUCAGCACAUCUUUGGUGCUACGUGUAGCAUUUUGUGGUUUUUAAAACACAGGACCACAUUUAACAGCCUGUCUUUCACAAAGAUGAUGUUGGUACUUAUUUUACUUCUCCCUCUUCUGACACCACUGUGUUCUUUCUGAGGAGCAAGAAGAUUUCAACAAACUCUUGACAACAGCAAAGAUAAUCUGGGAAGGGAAGCUAAAGCAAAGUUGAUGCUAGGCUGUGGAACAGGAAGACAUUUUGGGGAUUGUUUUGAUCCAAAUUUGCGCAUUAAAGGAAUGUUUCUUUGUGUUUUAGAGCAAUCCAGAAGAUUUUCCCUUAUAUUCAACCUGGUGGCACAUAAUAUAAAAUGCAACACAGAGGCUGAUGAAAGCUGUCAGUUUAUUUCUACUUACACGCAGCACCUUUUAUUCUAUGAAAGUGGACUCAUUUGCAACUCAGCAAAUCUGUCACUUUACAAGAAUUGAACAUGACUAGUGCAGUAACACAAAUGGCUUUCCUCCCACAUGGUCACCCAUAUGUGUUAAGAAUAAGACGUCUCUUUAUUGUUUAAGUUUAUUGUCUCUUUGUUCAACAGACUGAAAGUAGAGACUUAGGGGUUGCAGGAAUCUUUACCUGUUUGAACAAAUAAUAGCUUUCCAAAGAGUACUUUCACUGUUAUGUUUACAGGUUGUCAUGGAGAGUUUUAAUGGCUUAAAAAAUUCAGUACAACUUUAUUCAAUCUUUUAAGGGCAAGAAGUUUGUUUCCCCAUAGUCCCUCAUCCAACAGUGGGAUGACCAGACAACCAGUGUUGCCAAGUAAUUUUUGAUGCACUGUACUUUAUUUUUUAAAUAUUUUCUAGAUUAACAUUUUCAUCCUUGAAGGUGUUUGUGUUGUAGCUUCUCAUACAUCUUGAUGAUCUCACUUCUUAGCAGCUCUAUCUCUCAAUAGGCUAUUUAAUUUAACUACAAUGAUUUAUUUAUACCGUCACAGCACAUACCACAAAAUCAGAUGAUUAAAUUUAAGAAUGUAAUUUAUCGUUUGUUGUUUAUCAAAUGACUGUUUCUUCUCACUCUUUGCCUCUUUUCUAUUUUGUACAGUUUGUUUUUUUUAUGGUCAUAGAUUUCUGGAGAAUGUUUAACAGUUGAGACAAAAUUUUCCACCUAGUGUAGAGAUACAGUUGAAACGAACUAAAUAUUUUCAUGCAGGAAAAAAAGAAUACUAAAAAUAUUCCAAGGGAAAAAGUGAGAGCACAUGUUUUUGUUUAAAUAUUGGUGCUUUGUUGAAUAAAGUUUUUUCUUUUCAUAA